AUGCUCUCUAGUCUAAAGGUGCUCACCUUAGACCUAACCGGAACCGUCUACCGCUUCACUAAACCACCCUUCCUGCAAUAUCAAGAGACCGCUAAGGAAUACAACAUCGUCGUGAAUGAGAACGAUGUCAAGCAAGCCUUCAAAGCAAAUUGGUCCAGAAUGAAUGAAAACCAUCCCCAUUUUGGGUCCACUACUCAUCAUGAUUCUACGAAUUGGUGGAUGGACCUAGUACAUGGAACAUUCGAAGAAGGGGUUCGCCAUCGUCAAAAGCAACGAGCGACAAUGGAAACCAAGGGAAUCAUGCACCCUAAAACCAAAUUGAAUUAUUACCAGACCCUUCCAGAGGAAUGUCCAGAGGCUCAGCCGGAUCGAAUACCAAGUUCAAAAGACUCUAAAAUAGCCGAAACUGUUCGAGAAACACCAGUGCUCGUUGAAUUUGCCCAAGCUAUUUUAAGCAAUCCGUACCUGAGAAUUAACCUCUAUCUCAUUGGGGUGUUGGUGUUUUCAUUUUUGGGCGAACACAUCCAAGAAUAUCAAGUCUAUAUCUACACGGCUCAACCUCACAACGUUUUCAACGACUACUUUGUCAAGUUUGGAUGGGCGUGGACUUUGGCAGCUUUUGCUCCUUUGGCCUUGAUGUCCGGUAUCGCUUACAAUGGAGCGACUGGUGCCUUUUGGAGCUGCAUUCGAAUCGCCAUUGCCACGGGCAUCUGGUAUGGAUGCACACGAUUGUUCGAUGAGAUACGAACACGUCUCUCGCCAGGUCUCGACAUUUCCGGGCACAGUUUUAUCCUGAUUUGGAGUGUAAUGGUUUUGGUAGAAGAAUCGGGGUCCUAUGAUGGGUGGGAUCCUCUUCGCCGAUCUCUAAAAUGUCGGCAAUCCUCGACUGAAUCAUUCGGCAAGCGUCGAACGCGAUUCCUGAUAGAUUCUCUCACUUUCCCUAUGCGUUUGUGUUUGAUCUUCACGUCAUUAUUGAGUAUUCUGUGGGAUGUCAUGUUCUUCUCCACCAUCUUGUUUUAUCACACGUGGGUCGAAAAAAUGAUUGCUACCGGAUUGGCCGUUUUUGCCUGGCUUUUGGUCUACGAGGGAAUGUACACUUUACCCAUAACAUCUCUCCAUCCCAAACACCAAGCUUUAUUAGCCUGUGAUCGCCUGGAAACCUAAUACUGUUAAUAAAUAUUGAUUCUCUUU